AUGAAGGUUGCCUUUUCGAAUGUCACCAAAUUCGUCGAACCUCAAGAUUCUUCAGAAAUAAGAUACAUUCAUACUGUUACUUUGAGUGAUCUGAAUUUCGGUCUUUACAACUACAAACUUGACGACGGAAAAAUCUACAGCUUCGAAUUAACUGACAGCGGGCCAGAAGACGAGCAGACUUUCCUGAUUUAUGGCGAUUUCGGAGUCGAGAAUUCUCAAUGCCUGGGCGCGAUUAAAAGUCUAGUGGACUCUGAAGAUGCUGACAUGAUCUGGCACAUUGGAGACUUCGCCUAUGACAUGUUUGAUGACAAGGGCAAGAAUGCAGACCGAUUCAUGAAUAUGGUCGAACCAAUUGCUUCAUCAGUUCCGUACAUGACAAUCCCUGGCAACCACGAGAGCAAGUAUAACUUCACACACUAUGAAAGCAGAUACUCUUCUGUCUCAAAAACAAACCCCUUCUACUAUUCCUACGACUAUGGCAACGUCCAUGUACUGCAUUUCACUACAGAGCUGUACUUCUACCCUGAUCAGUUUUCCGAGCAAAACAUCAAGGACCAGUUUGAUUGGAUUCAACAAGAUCUCAAAGCUGCAGCUGAAAAUCGAAAAAAUGUCCCUUGGAUCAUUACAACUGGUCAUCGGCCUAUGUACUGUGAGGCAAAAUCGAACUCCGCAAAAUGUAAAGAAGACACCGAUCCAUUGAGAGUAGGCCCGUAUGGAUUGGAAAAAAUGUUCAACGACUUUGGAGUUGAUGUUGCUUUCUGGGGACAUGUUCAUAUUUACGAACGAAUGUUUCCGCUGAACAAUAAACAGUUCGAAAAACAACCGCUUGAUAAGUACGACAAUCCAAAAUGGGUAACGCAUGUUAUUACCGGAGCUCCUGGAAACAAGGAAGAUAUCACGACGGACAUGACCGAUCGGCCCGAUUGGAGCGCGGUUAGACUGGAAGAAUACAGCUUUACCACGAUGACGGCUUCUCACGAAACUUUGACGAUCAAGCAAUGGAGCAAAGAUGAAACUCCAAAAAUCAUCGAUCAAUUUCAAAUAACAAAAAUUUCUGAAUAG